AUGACAGACCUGCUACUGCUACCUCACUGUACCAGUCAGAGUCAAGAUAUCUGCGUAAGCCCUGAGUCGUCAGGCGGAUUUGAGAAGGAGCUGAUCAGAGAGCAGCUGGGUGGUUUCAUUGGUCGAUUCUCUAUGGGACGGCUACGCAGGUUCCUGUCUGGGAUUGUGUACGGGAACCCCUUCAGAGCAGACGACAGGACGUUUGAGGAGCUCACGCACACCCACUCAGACACCUAUAUGGACGACGUAGUGACAGACUACUACGAAAAAGCAGCCAGCAUGACGGACGUCUCCACCGCCUACCUGAGAGGGGACUCCCACUCCCGUGUCAACCUCCUCAACCACAACAUCCCCAAGGGCCCCUGUGCCCUGUGUGGCCGGGGCCAGACACCGAGGGAGACGGUCUACGGCUGUCUGGAGUGCUCCUCCGGUGGGCACAAGUACGUCAGGCUACACGUGGUGCCCUGCUUCGACCUGUGGCACAAGACGCUCAGCUGAAGAGAUGGACUCAGGAAGAGAGAGGGAGAGAGAGAGGUCUGAGUUCAUCCCUGAUUAGGCAUACAGUGCCCAACUAAUAGCUCUGUGCCAUACUGACAGUCAGAAAACUGGGGCUGGCCAAUGUCUGUAGUACUGUAUCUUAUUUGGAGCUGCCCUCCCCUCCCCCUCGAUGGAUCCUCCCAAGUGACUCCCUCCGUGACUCCCUCCGUCUACAUUAGUCUCCUUUUCUCUAUUCCAUCUGUAUUCCAACUAUUUCAUCUAAAACUUGACCUGUGUUCAGUGUUAUUGUUCUGUGUGAAGCAGCUGCCAGAGUCACACAAGCACAACAGGAGUAUGUGAAUUAUUCAGACGACGUAUUAAAAAUGGACAAGAGGAUGGUGUGAAGGAAAAAGGCCAUGAAGUUUCUGAGGCACGGUGCAGAAGGCAAAACAGCCUCCUUGGUUUUGGCCUCAUUCUGCUGGUUUCAACGUGUGUCGUCAGGUCUUUUGGGUCAUCACCUGACGUUCAGUGUUUGUAGUGGGAUGUUCUGACCUCAUCAGGUCAGUGGGACAUUGUAAUGGUGAAAAGAUAGUGAAGAGGCUGAAAAACUACAUUCAUACUGCCAUGGUUACAUGACAUGGAUUCUCCUUGUUGUUAUGUUUUAGUGACAUUUUGUUUUAUA